CUAGAAAAGCUCACUGAGACCCCUAAUGUCCGUUCUGUACCUAAAAUCCUCGUUCAGAGAAUGCCGAAGAUGACAGGGACUGGGAGAGUCCCCCCGGAGCCCCUCGCGGCGGCGUCACACAGAAAGGAUGGUCAACACUGAGUGUCCCAUUUCACAAGCCGGGCAGGUCGGUUCGGAACCACCCACCAUGGAAAUGCGGAGGUGCGACAGGCGGCAGGGGAAAGCGAACGGCAUGACAGCCCGGGGUGUAGAGCUGAGGGGAAGCCAGAGAUCGAAGAAGCUGGCCCUCAUAUCCAGGUCUCUGAUCCUGUGUAAGACCGUGCCCAGCGAUGACGGCUCCAACCAGGAUGAAAAGCCUGCCGGCCACUGGACGUCCCCCGAGGAAAACCUUUCCUGUACAGAAGAGGUGGCCCAUACGGAAUUCCCUCAGCGGCACGGGGCCCCAGGGCAGCAAAAGGGCAGCCUAAGGAGGAGGUUUUCCAUAAAGGUGAUACAGGAGAGCAGCUUCUGGAAAAUGUGCAUGGCAGCUGGAGGAGAUCGUUCAGAAGGCAUGGUCCACUCCAAGGACACAAGGUCACCUGCUUGCCAAAGGAGCAGCGGUGGAGCUGCACGCAGCAGACAGCCUGCCGAUGGCUUUUCGGAAGACAAACCCCUGGCAUGCUCAAGCUCACGGACUACACCUCAGGAGACCUUCGGUGAGCUGGUCUCUGUGCUGACGUCUGUCUUCAAGAAACCAAGUGUUGAUGUGAAUAGUCAGAAUGGAGCACACUGGAAAGUGCCAGAAGAGCGUGCUGAGAACUCUUCUUCCUGCAAAAGGACUAGAUCCAGUCCCACUGAACAUCCAGAUUAUCUGUUGCUGUCAGAUAUCGAGUCCUACUGUGCUGAAGACUUUCAUAGCCAUAUCGUGAUGAGACCAGAGGUCUACUGCCUUCAUAACCAUGGCAAUACUGGCUUCUACGGAAACAGGAAGUGUCUCUCUCAGCAGCUGGACCUUCCCAGAGGAAUACAGCAGCAGGACAGCCCCAGACCACUGCGCUCCCUAAGCUCAGCCCUCCUGCCCCACUGCAGCAGCAGCAUGCAGGCCUAUGUGAUCUGCAGCAUUGUCCUGAUGAAGGGUCAGGGGAAGGGACUGGGCUUCAGCAUCGUAGGUGGAAGAGACAGUCGCAAUGGACCAAUGGGAAUCUAUGUUAAGACCAUCUACGCUGGAGGAGCUGCAGCCUCCGACGGUCGGCUACAGGAAGGAGACGAGAUCCUGGAACUGAAUGGAGAGUCCCUGCAUGGCCUGACUCACGAAGGUGCCUUGAAGCAGUUCAAACAAAUAAAAAAGGGCCUGCUGACCCUUGUGGUACGGACCAGCCUGCGCCAGGGGGCGCUGCUGAGCCGAGCCCAGGCCUCCAAGCUGUGUCGCUCCCGUUCUCUCAGCUCUGGCACCAGCAUUAGCAGGGGGAGUGUGGACCUGGGCGACUACGGGUUCUCUGCCGACCAAGCCAGCCCGACCAAGCCCAAGGACCGUGUCAUGAUCGAGAUCACUCUGCAGAGAGAGGCCGGAGUGGGCCUAGGCAUCGGCCUUUGCUGCGUGCCUUCUCAUGAGGGCUGCCCUGCCAUCUACAUCCACACCCUGUCCCCAGGCUCGGUGGCCCACAUGGAUGGCCGGCUCAGGUUUGGUGAUGAGGUCACUGAGAUCAACGAUACCGUGGUCCACAACCUGACGCUGAAUGAAGUCUACAGUGUCCUGAGUCAGUGCAACCCAGGACCUGUACAGAUCAUUAUCAGUCGUCACCCGGACCCAAACGUCUCUGAGCAGCAGCUAAAUGAGGCUAUAACUCAAGCCAUAGAGAGCAGCGAACUGAAGAAAGACAGCAGCCCAUGGAGCAUGGAAGGCCUGAGAAGGUUGGAUUCGUCCUUCCAGAGGAAGCAGAUGUGUGAGCGCUGCGAGGAGAGGACUUUCUGCCAGCUAAACUCACGGACCCAGCGGGUCAUGACCCGCUCCAGCAGUGACAGCGCUUACAACCACUGCUUCCACAAUGACAGCGUGCAUGAGCAUCAUUCAUACUGCACCCACAACAACCACCCCUGCACUGACAGCAUGUCCAAUGAUAAGACAUGUAGCGACAGCACCAGUGACCACUGCUGUGCCAGGGAGACUACCCAGUCUGCCUGUGACGGGACCUACAACCACUGCUGCAACAGCCACAUCCUCAGCCAGCGUUCCUUCAGCGACAGCUCUUACAACCAUGCCUACAGUGACAUGAAGACCAACAGCCACCAAAGCUUUAAAAGCCACACUUACAGCCAGCAAUCCUUCAAAGAUGAAUCCGGAAGCUAUGAACCUUUUGGCGACAGCGGCUACAACCACAUCAACGUCAACCGGGGAGCUGAAGGAGCCAUAAACAUCUGCAAACGUCAGCAACUCAGCACCCAAGCGCAGAGAGAGCCUGAACACAAGGCGCAUGAAGCUGAGGGAGACUGUGCAGAUGAUGACUUUAAUACUCGGCUCAGGCACAACAGACUAAAAGAGAAGCCUAGUGACAACUGUGUGAGUGAGACUGGAGAGUGCAGAGACAUGGUUCCCGCUAAGGCAGGAAGCAGGCCUGCUACUCACUCUAUCCAGCAGGAAGCAGAAGGCAGGCAUUCCUGCAUGGCGCACAUAUGCCUUCCAACAGCACCUUCAAAGCAACUUUUAAACCAAGGGGACAUUACACCAGGCGCUGAAGCUCCCAGCCUCGUCUGCUGCCAGGACAGGAGGUCAGCCCUGACGAGGCAGGUUCGCGUAGCGCUGGUCCUGGAGCAGGACAAUCUGUGUGACGGCCCUGAUGGUCAGGGAGGCUCUGCUGGCUCGGGUGCAGAAUGUGGGCAUGCUUCCACUGAGGCCCCAUGUUGUGCUCCUUUACCCUCUGACCCCAACCCGGCCGUGGGCAUUCACUCCACCGCUGUCAACGCCCUCCACAAAAUGCCUGAGGAGUUUCCUAAUGGAAAGAAAGGCCCACCAGUGCCACCAAAGCCAGUCUGGAUUCCUCAGAGCCCUUGGGGUAGUCAGAGCAGGAGGACGCAACGCUCUCCCCCAGAUUUUGCCAAGAACGUUACAUCAUGCACACGAGAUACAUCAACAGCUCGAAAUCUGUUUAUAAGACAGAAAGGCCAUGGUGUUACAGAUCCAGCUGAGAUUCCCAGGAGGGAGCUGCGGCCUUCCACAUCACUACCACUAAAGGACAAACCCCCCCGGGCAGGCCACAGCACAUGUAAUAAGGCGAGCCUGAACCGGGUCCUCUCCUUCAGCCAGCAGGUGGCGCACUCCCUACUCAACUCACUGCAGGCUGGGCCGGUGGAGCCCAAUGCGUGCUUCAGGCAUCGCCACGCGCCCCCUACAGGGACUCCUUUGUCUAAGGCUGAAGUGACCCUCCAGAUUAGCAACAUACAGGGAUUCUCUGUGAGCCUGGCAGACCUUAGGGAUGAACUCGGCAGGGCAGGAGACCUCCAGGGAACUGGGCUACAGAAUCCCAGCCGAGCCCAAAGUGCCAUCUUAGCACUUCUGAGCCACGGGAGGGAGAGAAUGACCCGAGAAGCCAAGCGUUCCCUAGACAGAGAAACCUGCAAGCUGUUUGAAGACAUUCACAUUAUUGUUCUACCCAAAGAGGAUGGAACUGAUCUGGGCCCAGCUAGGGGGACAAAGCACAAGAACAGAGCAACCGCUGUUAGGCUCCAAACUCACCACCACCCUCUGCUGAACAAGCGCUUACAUGUGACCAUAGAGAGGGGGGAUGAGGUGCUGUCCAUUAAUGGCCAGUGGCUGAGAGGCUCAGCACAUGGGGACCCCACCGCCAGCCUACAGGAGGUCAGGGAGUCUGCCCCAGCCGUCGUGGUCGUGGUGCGUAAGCAGCGGGCAGCAGGAGGAACGACCCGUGGCUCUGCUGACCUCACGGAGUGCCUCACCUCAGACUCUCCUGCCACAGAUCUGGAGAACAGCAGAGGCAAAGGAUCCCUGCAUGGACAAGGGGGGAACAGGUCCUGUGAAGAGCAGAACAGAUCGAGAUCGUCUCUGGACCUGAGCUGCUGAGGCUGCGGAACUCGGGCCGCACACAUGAGACCAAAUGGGCCUUGGAAACGCCACCGUUAAGAUGAAGAAUGUAACAGCUGCACGCGAUGAGGAAGCCACCUCUGGAUCGACAACACAGCCCGUGCUGUACAGAGCAGGAGAACCGUUACCAUGGAAGUCGAGCCUGCAUCCAACAGCAGACCAGAGGAACAGCUCAGGAACGUCAGUCAUGAACUUAAGUGGGGAUACCUGAGCUCGUCAGUAGAAAAUAACAGCCGUCUGUUCUGGGUUUAUGCUGUUUUCACAAUGUACUGCAAAAAAAUGCAUUUAACCAAAGAUAGUGAGAAAACAGUCAGAACAAAUGCCUCAGUGAAACAAAGUUUAAGAUGACUGUCAGGAAACGUACAGGUUUUUCCAUACAGAGUGAAAGAUGAGAUGUAUUGUGGGAAAAGGCAGCUUUCAAGUACCAUGGAGCUCUACCACCUUGAAGUAAUGUCACCAUCGCACCCACCCGCGAUCUCAGCGGCCAUCCUCUGCACAUCGAUUCCCACGUAGCGUUAUACAGGAGAAGGCCGGAUAUCAGUUAUUUAAAAACCAAGUAUGGUCUUUGUUUAGCAUAAACAAAAUGUGCAAUUUUCCAUAUUUCACAAAUGUUGUGUGAGGUAUAAGCGCAUGUUAUUAAAAAUCUGGGUUUGCGACUA